UAUACGAGUACAAAAUAGUUACGAAAAUCAGUGGUGCACUCAACGGAAUUUCCAAUCAUUUUUUUUUUUGUUCGUUCGUUUGUUGAUGAAUUUGUAAUCAGUGAACUGAAAGAGAAUUUACGAUAUUGAAAUUGUGGAAUAUUUUUUCCUUUCAUUAAAAAUAAAAACGAAACGAAAGAAGAGCAAAAAUAUAGCAUAGUUUUCAAGUGGACAUUUUUUUUUUUAAAUAACCGUAUUCUGGGGGAAAAAAUGUGCGCGAUACUUAUAUGGACUCAAUAACAUAUCAAUCUACUUCAAGAGUUUAUCAUUGAUUUCAUUGUACAUGCUGGCGAAAACCAACCCAGUGGAAUCGUACAACACUUCAACAACUGAAGAAUGGACUAAGAACAAGUCUUAUAGCGUUUACUUUUCACUAUCAUCUUAUCAUGGUUACCUAGAUCCACUUUUUCUCGAAUCAAUUAAUAUACAUUGGAUGCGAUUCGAUCCACCAAAGCCGUGGGAGCAUUAUACACUGGCAAUGAUUUAUUUGUUCAUUAUGGUUGUUGGCAUGUUCGGAAACGCCUUAGUUGUCUACAUGUUUUUGCGUUGCCGAAUUUUGCGAACUUCAGCUAAUAUUUUGGUUAUAAAUUUGGCAAUAUCUGACUUUCUCAUGUUGGCUAAAACUCCGAUAUUUAUUUAUAACAGUAUGAAGUUUGGCCCAGCUCUCGGUGAAUUUGCAUGUCGAUUGUAUGGUUUCAUCGGUGGAUUAACCGGUACGGUGUCAAUAACAACCUUAACGGCAAUUUCGCUCGAACGCUACUUUGUGAUUAUUUAUCCAUUGAACCCAACUAUAUUUGGAAGUAAGAAAUGGCGUCCAAUAAUCAUGGUGACCGUUGUAUGGCUAUACAGUUUUACAUUUUCCGUGAUGCCCGCUUGUGACAUCGGUUUCAGUAGAUACACGCCCGAAGGCUUUUUGACCAGCUGCAGUUUUGAUUAUUUGGACGAACGUACAUCGGCUCGAGUAUUUAUGUUUUUAUUUUUUGUUGGCGCUUGGAUGGUUCCUCUCACCAUAAUUAUCUACAGCUACUCGAAAAUCAUGAAGGAAGUGAUUGCAACGGGCAAAAUUCAAUCGAACCGAAGUCGCAAUCGGAUCGAGCAUAAGCUAAUGAUUGUUGUGAUAAAUGUAAUCGCGCUAUGGUUUAUCGCAUGGACACCGUAUUCAAUUGUAGCGCUGUUUGGCAUUACCGGCAAAAAAGAAUAUCUAACACCAUUGUACUCGAUGAUCCCGGCUUUAUUCUGCAAAGCAUCCGCUUGCAUAAAUCCAUAUCUGUACUCGAUGACCCAUCCACAAUUUAAAAAGGAAAUUCUUCGUUUUGUUUAUGUCAAAUUUGGCAUUGGCAGUGCAAACCAAUUUUCAACCACAACGAAAACGAUGAGUGUUCGUUUUGUGAGCACCACACGAUACACACGUCGAACAUCAACAAUUGACAUGAAGUAAAGUUGGAGUUGUCGACCUUGAAGAGAGAAGACGUUAAGAAAACCGCUAAGGAACUACUAAUCACAUACACACAUGAAUCAAUUAACUGUUUUGUGGUAAUCAUUUGCAUUGUGCAUGUGUGUGUAUGUGUGCAACAUGCCAUUAUCACAAAGCUACAACACUAACAACAUUUUUCAAUUAGCAUACGCGAUUCCAAAACUAAAGUUUACACCGAAAUUCGAUCAACGGGAAUAUACAUAUAGUUUUGAAUGAUGAUAAAACCGAUUGAUUUUGACGUAACAUCAUUUGUAUGGCAUACAACUCUACAAUAAUAAAACCCAAACCAAUUUGCCUAAAGCAAUUUCAUAUGUGCAAUGUUCAAUGUGAUUACAUCAAGAAAUGCAAUUCCCAUUCAAUGUGGCCGCAUUCUUCUGACGAGAGCGGGACAUAUUUCGACGAAUGGCACACGCAUUUACAUUAGGCACAUAUUGAAUGUGCAGUGCAUUCGACGAAUAAAUUCGUUCAAAGCUGCGCUCGCACGCUCACUCCCUUUCUUUUUCUCUCUCUCUCUCUUUCUCCUCCGCAAACAUUUAAUUCAAUUUGUGACUUGAUGCUUUUUCCACCAUCGCAUCCUAGCUUCUUAUCACAAUUCAAAUAAUAUCGGCUUUGUAAUGAUGUAAAAUGAAACCAUUCCAAUCGGCCAUCAAACCAUACAAUCAAUCAACGAAUCAAACGACAUUGCAAUAUAUACGCUUUUGAUGGGAAACGAAUGACAUGUACACUAAAUUGUCCCGCAUUGUGAAUGUCUUCUACCUGUAUUAUGAGGACAAAACACACCGACAAUGAAAAAUUUGUAAAUUGCAAUUUUCGACUAAACAAAUAUUUUUCCAUGUUUCAUUUAUACCCUUUUUAACGAUUCGAGAAUUGUAAUGAGCGCAGAUUUCUAUCUCUGUUCGCCUAUUUAUUUAUUUUUUAGUCAUUUUUUGCCUUUUUUCCAAUCGUAGCAAGAGGACUCAUUUGAAAUAAGAAAAAAAGUGUAUUUUGAAAGAAUAAUGAAUGAAGUCAGAAAAAAAAUAGCCGAAUGAGUAACGAUCAAAAUAUUCCUACCUAAGCAAAAGAAUGAAAAAAAACAAACAAAUUAAGAUUCUAAGUACAACAGAGAACUAUUCCAAAAUAACCACUUCACAUGGUGUGUGCUUAAAUUUAGCGUUAAAAACAAUAGGUAAAUAGAUGUGAUGUAUAUUGUGAUAAAUAAAUAUCAAAAAGCUCAAUGCUACGCAAAGAACGAACCAAAAA